AUGGGGGCGGCUCCCGGGGGCGCGCAUGUCCGGCCCCGCCCGUUAAAUUCCGCCGGGCCGGGCCGGGCCGGGACCACCGGCCCUGGACCUGCUGCUCUAGCUAUGGCCACUGACGCCGAGCCCGGGCGCCGCCGCCGCUGCUGCUGCGCGCAGGACACGCCCGAUGCUCCCAAGGUCCUGGAUUCCUGCGGUGACAGUGACGGCCCCCACCGCGGCUCCCUCUGUGACCGGCACUGCGCUGCUAUCAACAACGUGCAGGGGGACUUGGGCGACCUGGGCUGUCACCUACACCGUCCCCAUGUCCCCCCAGCCACAUCCACCCCAUCCUGCUGCCAGCAGCACUUGGAGGAGGCAUGUGAGAGCUGUGUGGUGAAAACCACCCUGACGGCCGAGAAUGCUGUGGAGGCCAACAAACUCUCCAACAACUACAAGUUUGGCUUCAAGAAAUGGAAGGGCCACGUGACGGCGCGGCCCUGGGAGGACCGAUCCGAGAUUGUCAAGGAGCUCUACUCUGACCUCAAUGUCAUACGAGGCUGUGGAGGGUCCACACUGACAUACGGGAAUGUCCUUUACCUGCUGCUCUUUGGCUGGUGGCUCUCGCUCCUUUAUGUCCUCGUGGCUGCCGUGAUGUUUGUCACUGUCAUGGGGGCUCCUUAUGGGUGGCUCUGCUGGGACCUGGCUGGGUAUUUUCUCUGGCCUUUUGGCAAAGUGAUCCAGAAAGUUGAGGUCCCCAAAUCCUAUCAGACAUCUGAAGCUGGGACAGGGGAGAGCUCAGCCCUGCUCGGGGGUCCCACACCGUGCCGCUGGCGCCCACGGUGCUGGCUGGGCACUGGAUACUGGCACCAUGCCAGCACUGCAGUGUGGCUGUGCCUGGGCUACCCAGUGCUGGUGCUCGCCCACGGGCUCGUGUGCGUCACCGCGUGGCUCCUCAUUGUCCUCAUCCCUGUGGCCAAGCUGAGCGCCCGCACCACCUCCCGUGUCCUGCUGCUGCCCCCGGAGCGGGUGCUCAUCCGGCGCCUGAGGAUGACAGAGGUGCCUCUGGAGGGAGAGGUGAUUCUCUGCUGCUACUGCGCUGCCAACCCCUACUACUACAAAUACGCUGUGGACGGCAUCAACGUCUUUGCCGUCAACCUGCUGCCACUGGUGCUGGUGACGCUGGUGCUGGGCUAUGUGGACAGCCCCAACCACCUGACCGGCUCCGCCGUCAAGUUCACCUUGGCCCUGCUCUCCAUCAUGCCCCUCUCCUACUACAUCGGCAUGGCCAUUGCCAGCAUCUCAGCCCAGAGCAACUUUGCGGUGGGGGCGGUGGUGAACGCGACGUUCGGCUCUAUCACCGAGCUCACCUUCUACAUCACCGCGCUCAUCAAGGGCUCGCGGGAGGGUAACCGCUGCUACGCCGAGGUGGUCAAGUCAGCCUUGACAGGGACGCUGGUGGGCUGUGUCCUCUUUGUGCCGGGUCUGUGCAUGGUGAUCGGGGGCAUCCGGCACCAGGAGCAGCGGUUCAACAGCCGCUCUGCUGGCGUCAGCUCAGCCCUGCUCUUCCUCUCUGUGGGAGGUGUCUUUGCCCCAACGCUCUUCUCCAAGGUGUAUGGGAAGCUGGUGUGUGGCGAGUGCCACAAUGUCACCCAGAACCCGCUGGGCCACUACCUGUGCCACAACUGUCACUUUGACCUGAUGGACGACAACGGCACCCUCUACUACAGCCACGUCCAACCUCUGGUGUACACAGUGUCCAUCCUGCUCCCUGCUGCCUACCUCAUCGGGCUCUUCUUCACCCUCAAAACCCACACACACAUCUACGACAUCCAUAUCAGCGACUGUCACAUGCCUGGCCACCACCACAGUGCCGUGGUCCACUGGUCCCGCUGGCGGGCCCUGGUCAUCCUCCUGCUCUCCACCCUCUGCAUGUCGGCCUGUGCUGACCUGGCCACAGAGCACAUCAGCCCCAUCCUCACCAACUCCACCAUCUCACAGUACUUUGUUGGCGUCACAGUGCUGGCAAUGGUGCCUGAGCUGCCAGAGAUUGUCAAUGGCAUCCAGUUUGCACUGCAGAACAAUCUGAGCUUGAGCAUCGAGAUUGGGAACUGCAUCGCGGUGCAGGUCUGCAUGCUCCAGAUCCCCAUCCUGGUGCUCUUCACCAUCUUCUAUCCAACCAACUUCACGCUUGUCUUCAGCGAUCUCCAUGUCUAUGCCAGCAUGUUCAGUGUGGUGCUCAUGAACUACAUCUUCAUGGAUGGCAAAUGUGACUAUUUCCAAGGCACGGUGCUGGUGAUGGUUUACUUCAUCCUCCUGGCCGUCUAUUUCUUCGCCCCCUCGCCCAGCGGCUGCUGA